AUGGCUACUGUGAGCUCAGUCUCGAAGGUCACUGCUCUAUUUGCCCUAGGCAUUUUGUUCGCAUCGCACUACGUGUCUGUUGACGCGAAGCCCAAGUCGCCGUCAGCGUUCGUAAAGAAGACGAUCUCAUCUCACACCAUCGUCAUCUUCUCCAAAUCUUACUGCCCAUACUGUAGAAGAGCAAAAGCUGUGUUUAAGGAGUUGAAACAAGAUCCAUAUGUUGUGGAACUUGAUGAGCGAGAUGAUGGUGGUAGUAUUCAAGACGCCUUGAGUGAAAUAGUCGGUAGGCGAACUGUACCUCAAGUUUUCAUAAACGGGAAGCAUCUUGGAGGCUCUGAUGAUACUGUUGAAGCAUAUGAAAGUGGAAAGCUUGCAGAACUUCUAGGCCUUGGUUCUGAUGAUAAGGAAGAUCUUUAG